AUGAGUUCAAACAAAAAAGGUGCCCUAUCCAAUCCGCAGCUAAAAACMAAGCAAGUUGACCUUACCAAAUCGUCGACUGUUAUUCAGACUUACGUACAGAUCAUUCUGCAGCAAGRAGAUCUAAAACUCGAUGCUCUUCCUGAUCUCCCAAAACAUCAGCAAACAGCUCGUGCUCAUGGAAAUACCUGGAAAGACACGAUUCUUCCMUUGAUGGCCAAAACUGAUGCAGAUAUCAUUGACUACGCAAACAAGUUCAAUGCCUUCUACGAAGACUUGCUCAAACUCGCCAAUGACCUCAACAAUGCCGACUCAAGAAAAAAGUUUGUCGAAGGUCUCAAAUUGCUACAGAAUACCAUUAAGAAGAAGGAUGCCAACGUGGCUCAGGUUGUUAAAGAUUUGUCCAGCUUCCACACCAACCUUGACACCGAUUAUCAAAACUUUGAAUCAGAUGUGAACAAAGCGGCGGUCAAAAUCGAGGGGGACAGCGGUGAGAUCAAAUCAUUAAGUAAUGAGCUUGAUGCAAUUAAUAACGCUAUGGAUAAAGAUAUUGGCCUGAUGGCUGGGGGAGCAGUAACUAUUGUUGCAGGAAUUGGGAUGAUUGUGUUUGGUGCCAUCUCUGAAAUCCCUUCUGGAGGUAUGUCGACUGCACUGAUAGGUGGAGGAGUGCUUGUUGUAUCUGCUGGUACAGUCAUGGAAACCAUGGGCUCCACAGACUACAGUCAGCAAAUAGAAAAGCAGAAGAAAACCACUGAAAAGCUAGCAGGAAUCAAAAUAGAGUUGACAGGUCUCAAGACAACCAAAGGUCAAAUMGAAGGAUUCGUCAAAGGUUUGCAGAGUGCAAUUGCAGCAGCCUCAAGUCUCCAAGCUGCUUGGGGGGCCCUGGACAAUGAUUUACAAGAGCUAAUAACAGCUUUGCAAGAUGUGAAUCCUGAUGAUGGCAGUUGGGUAAAAGAUGAACUCGAUCGUGCUAAAAGAGACUGGGCAGAUGCUCUGGAUCAGGCUAAAAAACUGCAACCUGAUGGAACAGUGCCAACCAAAUUCUACAAGAAUCUUCAGGAUGCUUUUAAAGAAAUGAAACCACGAGGAAAAGCAUAA